CAUGUUGUACAGUUAUAUUAUGACGUAAAGCAUGGGGUGGACAAAUCAUUAUUUAUUCACUAGCUACCAGGCAAGUGAGUUCUCCAAUGUUAUGCUUGCCUGGCUAAAAAGCUCAAGUACACCUUGCUGCAGAACCAGAAGUCCAGGAGGUGGACUGGACCUGAUCCAACUCCUCCUACUUGGGUGUCUCAGGCUGGAUAAAUGUUUGUACAGCAUCUCGUGGGUUAUUUUUAGACUUCUAGGAGGAGGCGUUGGAUUGUUUGGUUCUGCACUAAGCAGCAACUAAUUAUAACAUAACAAUUUAACGUGGCUAAUUUUGCGCAACGUGUUUAUCGCCCGCCUUAUUUGUCUUUUUCUGAUUUGGUGGGUGAGUGAACUAAGGAAAACCCUCAUGACCAUUAGAAUUAACAGGCAAUUAGCGGUGGGAGAUCUGACCAAAAAAAGUAUCAUAUGAUACACACAUACAUACCAUUGAAAUGUAUCAAACCGAACAGACGAACAGCUAGCAAUACAGUUUAAAAACCUUUUAAAAAUACUUUUAUUUGAAGUCAACAAAAAACCAAAAAUAAUAUUUAAAAAAUACGUAGCAUGCAUUUCAGAAAUGUAUUGCCAUCAAAUCAGAUACUUCAUAAUUUUAUUAUAAUUAUUAUUAUUGUUUAAAUAUUUAUUUAAAACAUUUUUUAAAAGAUAUAAUUUAUCAAAUAUAACGAAUAAAUAAAAUCACAUUUUAUAAUUUUUUUUUAAAUAUAAAAAGAUAUCACGAUACCUGCGAUAUCUCAGAAAAGACUACUGUGAUCUAAUAUAUCGCAAUACCGAUAUAUCGUCAUAUCGCCCAGCCGUACAGUGAAUGGAAAAACUGAUCACUUGGAGUUGUAAUUCGCUUGUCCUGCGCUAGUGAUGUGUCCACCCUGUAAGCCAACAGCAUCGCUACCAUGUUCCUCUGAAUUCCGCUUGACUUGUGGCAUGCCUGAAUCAUUAUCGUAACGCUGAACCCUUCUAGAGGGAACAUUUAUGCUACUGGAUUUUGAGUGUUUUAUUUUCAAUACCCAUCAUGUCCGUUUGGUGUGACACUGUAGAAUGUGUUCGUGUUUACAGCAGCGUUUUUCCCGCGUGGAUUUUUGUCUCCGUGAACUCCACCUGACCUGGCGGGAUCUUUUCCCAACUGGUUUUGGCACUUUCGGAUUUCUAGAAACUUCUUUUUUUUGCAUUGGGUUGCUUCAAAAUGGUCACUAUCGACAAUUUAUUUUUAUUGUUGCACUGAAGAUGAUGGGCUUGCUAAGUCGCUUAGCUUAUUUUUGUUGGUUAGGUUACACUUGAAAUGAACACUGGGUUUGGAUUCCCAUCUGCUUCGAUGUGCCUGUAGGCGAUGGUUCUCAUUACUAUUUAAAGAAGAGUAAGUAUUUGAUUAUUUGCAUGGUAUUAAUAAGUGAUACACUAGACAGUAUCAUCAGUGUACUUGGGUAUUAUGUUCACAUUAAUAUUUGCAGAGUAUUGUGCCAAUUCAGCAUAGACAUUGAUCAUGAACGUGGAUCAAGGUGUCAAAACAUCACAACGUUGUAUUAUUGUAUCCUGUCUGUAGGGUGAAUAAAAUUUGUUUUGUUUUUUUAAACACAAAAGAGCUGUGCCAAACUGAACAUUGCCUUAAUGAUGUAGAUGCUAGGCCUAAAGGAAGAGGAUUAUUUUUUGUCAUGACAGCAUUAUUCCUUUAUUUUGUUGUAUCUCUAAAAGUGCCAUCUCUUGCCUUCUUUCUGUAAAACUAAAUGCUGUCAUGAGAAACCGUGUGCACAUUACAAACGAUGCCUAACAAAUGUAGCAACAUACAGGUGUCAGGAAUGCGGUCUGUGUACAGUAUGUGCUCUAGUAUGAACGUAGUGAGAAACUUCCCGAGACUGUUCUGUGUUUUAUUAAAAUGUGUAGCUCUCCAUUAAAGUUUCAUCUGCUUUCUUUUGUCGUUCAACUGGAAAUACCAGCAAGCGCAAGCUUGCCUAAGGUUUCAGACUUUACCUAUGCUGCGCUCACUCUUAAUCAGUGUGAAAGCAACAGCAUGCAGUGUCCUAGAGAUAUGACUGUAUGAUGGACCAAAAGGAGGCAAAAAUAAUAUACAUUCCCUUCCAAAAGUAUCGGAAGGGCAAGACGAAUUCUUCUGCUUUGGGUUUGAGAUCAAAAGAUGAAUACAAGACGAUCGAUCAUUUAUAUCAGUUUCAUUUCCUGAUAUUUAUAUCUAGACGUGUUAAAUAACUUGGAACAUGGCACCCAAUUUUUAGGCAAGCAAAAUUAUAGGAACAGAAUUGAAAGUAAAGAACACUUAUUAUUUGGUUGCAUAUCCGUUGCUUGCAAUAACUGCAUGAGACCCACUGACCCACAGGCUUGUACUGCAGCUUCUUUCAGUUUUUGAUUGUUACAGGGGAUUUCUUCCUUCAGUCUCCUCUUCAAGAGGUGAAAAGCUGUUCAGUUUGGGUUAAGGUCUAGUGAUUGACUUGGCCAGUAUAAAAUCUUGUGGCUCGUCUCUGUAUUUCUUUGUGAAUUCCAAUAUGGCUUUCUGAUUCUUACUGCUGAUGAGUGAUUUUGCAUCUUGUGGUAUGGCCUUUGUAUUUCUGCUCUUGAAGUCUUCUUCAAAUGGUAGAUUAUGCUACCUUCACCCCUGCCCUGUGAAGGUUGUUGGUGAUUGUUUUGGGGUUUUUUCUUCACAGUGUUUUCCUCUCAAUGUUUGUCAUCAACUGCUGCUGUUUUUCUUGGUUGACCUGAUCAAUGCCUGGUUGUUAGUAUAUUCCAAAUAGUUGUAUUGGCUAUGCCCAAAGCUUGUGCAAUGGCUAUGUUAGAUUUCCCCUCUUGGCUUCAGAAUGGCUUGCUUUUCUCCCAUAGACAGCUUUCUGGUCUUCAUGUUGGUUUAUCCUUUUUAAUAACAAAAGCCGUCUUCACAGGUGAAACCCAGGGCUUAAGCCAAGAGUAGACAUUCAGAGCUAUUAAUUGUUUAAAUACACCUGGGAAACAUGAAACCAGUAUUUUAUUUUGGAUCACUUGAAAAAUGGGUGGAUACAAUCCAAAGGUGCCAUGUUCCCAGUUGUUUAACAUGUCUAGAUGUAAAUAUAGAUAUUUUAUUGAUCUCAAACCCGAAUGUCUUCAGUGCAAAAAAAAAAGAAGAAAAUAAUCCCUGCCGCUCCAGGACUAUUGGAGGGCACUGUACAUAAAUGUAUAAAAGUUAUAGCGAGAAUUGCUGUGUAGUACAAAAUUUCCAAACAAAGUUUUAUUUCAUUGUAAGGUUGGAUGAUUACUAUUAACUUUUUUUUUUUUUUUUUUUUUAAUCUAAGAGGUCAUACUUUUUAUCCAUUUAUAGUUACUUUUAAUGCCGUGGAAUGUCCGCAGAACAAAUUGGCUCCUGUGAUCACUUACGUUUUAGCAGCUAUAAACAGUUGUUCCCUCACCAUCUGUUCAUCUUCUAUACCAAUUUUCCUUCAGGAUUGCGGGGAACUUGGAGUCUAUCCCAGGAGGUAUGGGGCACAAGGCGGGGUACACCCUGAAUAGUGUUCCCUCACCAGCCUCUCUUAUUUCUUUCUCUUGAAGUUAGUAAGACAGAAACGAAGAUUGUCAUGUUACAGAGAAACCACAACAUAUAAAUACUCCCCUGUCCUGAAGACUUUCCCGUGGCAGAAAACCGACUCCUUCCAUAAACCUCACAGUAACCUUCACUAAUCAACAAUUGCACAAGCUUCUACAUCCAUUUACAUGAAGUGUCCGCCAGCCAACUUCUUACUAUAGAAAUAAGAACAUAAUCGUAUCACGGCGCACUUCAUGAAAUAGUUAUACCAUUACAGAUAAUGACAUCAUAUUCCCAUGAAUACUGGACUAACAAUUUAGUCGUAAAAAUAGCCCUUCGGAACAUGGCAACGUUAUUUAACAUACCUCAUAACCCACACCCCUUAACUGUAGCGUUUAGUAGCUGAGGGGUUAUACAAAUAAAUCUAAAAGUCACGGUAAAUAUGUUCAAUUUAAAUUUAAGGUAAACACGGUAAACACUCUCUUCUAACUGCCAUUGCUGGACUGAAUGAGUUUACGGAAAACGUAUUGCAUAAUCUUAGCAUAUAAUCCAGAAGUUUAAAAUUGAACCCAUUUUGUAGUUACCUAAUUAUAACGUUCCAAACCCUUCCUAUAAUAGUGAAAUGAUCGUUUAUAGUUGAGUGUGAGCCCCAACACUAUUACAGGAAGACAGUCUCUCUCUCUCUCUCUCUCUCUCUCUCUCUCUCUCUCUCUUUCUCUUUCUCUAUGUUUAUCUCUCUCUGCCUCUGUUUGACUCUCCAAGCACAGGCAUCCAAAAAUAAACAGGGGAACUUAAGGAACUGAGUGUCCUCAGUGUAUAAAAACACUUUGCUGUCUGUGAUUGCAGCACCAUGCACGCUCUGGUGCUUAGCUGAGCCUCUGGAUUGCUAAAGAAAAAAAUCUGCCUUAUUCAUCUACACAGUUCUACUCUGCAUUAGUUAACUCUUUCUACUGUCAUUCACCAUCGGAGCGUUAGAGCAUGAAACAGAAACUCUUGGACAUUCGCCGAGCACUUUGCCCCUCGUUUAGGGCAGACUCGGACCCAGAACUGAAAGCACCGUCGGGUCCGGAUGGCCAGACAGAGAGAAUGGUGAUGAAGAGGGAGAUCUCUCUGGUCAACGGCGUAUGCCUCAUCGUGGGAAACAUGAUUGGUUCAGGGAUCUUUGUGUCGCCCAAAGGCGUUCUCCUGCACAGCGGGUCUUAUGGCCUGUCGCUGCUCAUCUGGGCACUUGGGGGCUUGUUCUCUGUCUUCGGUGCCCUCUGCUAUGCCGAGCUUGGCACCACCAUUGGCAAAUCAGGUGCCAGCUACGCCUACAUCUUGGAGGCCUUUGGUGGAUUCCUGGCCUUCAUCCGCCUCUGGACAUCAAUACUGCUGGUCGAGCCGGCGAGCCAGGCUGUCAUCUCUCUUACGUUUGCUAACUACCUGGUGGAGGCAUUGUACCCGACAUGCCAUCCUCCAUACGAUGCUGUGAGAGUCAUAGCCGCCGCCUGCAUCUGUGUGCUGAUCUUUAUAAACUGUGCCUAUGUGAAGUGGGGAACUCUGGUCCAGGAUAUCUUUACCUACGCCAAGAUCUUGUCCCUCAUCCUCAUCAUUGCAAUCGGUGUUAUAAAAAUAAUUCAAGGAGAGACACAGAACUUUGAGAAUUCAUUCAAGGGCUCCUCCAUGGAGGCUGGGAGCAUUGCACUCGCGCUCUACUCGGCUCUGUUCUCCUACUCCGGCUGGGACACGCUCAACUUUGUCACGGAGGAGAUUGUGAAUCCAGAGAGGAAUUUACCCCUAGCCAUUGCCAUCUCCAUGCCAGUUGUAUCUAUCAUCUACCUGCUGACAAAUGUGGCAUACUACUUGGUGCUGGACAUACCUUCCUUCAUGGCCAGUGAUGCAGUCGCAGUGACUUUUGGGAAUCAGGUACUGGGACCCAUUAGCUGGGUUAUUCCCAUUGCCGUGGCUAUGUCCUGUUAUGGAGGACUGAAUGCCUCUAUCAUUGCUUCCUCCAGGUUGUUCUUCGUGGGGGCGAGAGAGGGCCACCUCCCGAUUAGCCUGGCUCUGAUUCAUUCUGACCGCUACACUCCUGUUCCUGCACUCCUCUUCAAUGGUGUGAUGGGGCUGAUCUUUUUAUGUGUGGAAGAUGUAUUCCUGCUAAUCAAUUACUUCAGCUUCAGUUACUGGCUGUAUGUUGGAUUAUCUGUGGCGGGACUUAUCUACCUUCGCUUCACACAGCCAGACAGACACAGACCAGUGAAGCUGACAUUGCUCAUUCCCUUCAUCUAUUGCUUGUGCAGUCUUUUCUUGGUCAUCGUGCCCCUCUAUAGUGACACAAUCAAUUCCCUCAUAGGAGUAGCCAUUGCAUUGUCUGGUGUACCUGUGUACUGCUUCUGCAUCUACCUGCCUGAGGAGAAGAGGCCGAAAUGGUUCGGUCAGCUCAGUGCCGCCAUCACAAAAUACACCCAGAUCAUGUGCUACUGCUGUCUAACUGACCUCGAUGUUGAGCCAGAGAAGUUGGCUGAGAACAAGACUCAGUGAUCUACAAAAGAACAGCACACAGAACAAGUUCUCUACUUAAAGACGGCAUCGAUUUUUGAAUGACGUGAACGUUGGCACCAUGGUGAACUUAAAAGACGAUGGUGUCCAGUGAGAAGCUGUAAAAUUUGUACGUAUCAAUCGUUUAUUUUCAUUUAUUUGCAUACAUGCAUACACCACGUCUUCUUUCAAUUUGUACUGUGUGUUUGAAGUAAUGUACCGAGAAUGACAUGAAGAGAAAAUGCAAUGUCUAUCUUUAUUCUUUAAGAUUGUAAUGAAGUUAUGGUGCAUUUUUGAUAAAUGUUCCUCCAAAUUA